CAGUGCCAGUCUGGGAGAAGGUAAAGCUGCUGGAAGGGGAGACUCAGGGCUCUGUCAACAAGGAAGCGAGAAUGAUCUCAGAUGAAUAAAGUGAGGCACAGCAUGAAUGAACUACCUGUACAAGAACACAGAGCUAUCCCAGGGUUCUGAAGAGAAGUGGUAAGUUCAGUGCAGUUUUCCACUGAGGUCUGGAUACCGAACUUUUCAGCCAUGAAGGUAAUGAGCAUCUUUCUUCUUAGUGCCUUGGCCCUGUUGAGCUUAUCUGGUACCACUAGAGCUGGCUUGGUGGGAAGAGAGGCUAAAUGUAACACUGAAACGACUGCAUGUACCAAGAUCUAUAAUCCUGUCUGUGGGACUGAUGGAGAAACUUAUUCUAAUGAAUGUGUGUUAUGUGUUCAAAAUAAGAAGCGCCAGAUCCCUAUCCUCAUUCAAAAAUCUGGACCUUGCUGAGAACCAAGGUUCUAAAAUCUCCUGUGGUCCCCACAAUGCCUAGCGGACCUGACUGUUGAAUA